AUGGACUUUGUUUCUGGAAGUACUAAUGGUAAGGAGUACCUGGAACAGAUGUUCAAGGCAUCACAGCAGGAGCAGUCGACGGUAAGCAAACUCGCCUCGGUCCUCAAUCGCUACCCAAAGCAACACAAACCAUUCCUUAUUGCACAGCUUCAGCAACAAGGACUCAGCAAGUGUGAGAUCACCAAGACAGGUAUUGCAGUGUCGAAGCAUCAGUGGCAGAGAGCGUGCCAGCUUGUGAGCGGCGCAGCCAACAAGGCCAUGCUCCCAUUCUGGAGCGGCAACAAGCGCACUCGCGUGUCGAAUGCCAAGGCCUGUGUGAUUGACUUCUUCAACAAAAAGUUGGUUGAGGAUGGCCACUGCUUCCCAAGCGCUCACCAGACCUCGGUGCUCAAGAGGGUGUCCAAGAGCUGCGCCACACAACAGUCUGUCACCACGAUGAACUACUACGUCACUAUGAAGGAAUUGUUUGCACUCUAUCAGGUUGAGUCCAUCGCCAACGCGAACAGAUUCAUGCCCAUCAAGAGCAUAUUAAGUCUACUCCACCUCAAUUAA